AUGUAAAAUAUAAAAUGUAUAGGUACCAAAUCGUAAUUUGCCAUUUGGAUCCAUGGAUUGAUCCAUGAAUCCACUAAUCUAAUUGGAUUUGGAUCAAAUGGAUUUGAUUUAAACGGAUUGGAUUAGGUGGAUAAUUUGGUGGAUGGAUUGGAUUCAUGGAUUUGGAUCCUAAUUGCCACCUCUAUUCGUAAUUCACGAAUAGGCUAAGAAACCCAACCAAGCCACUUGCUCUUCAUUAGGAAUGGCAAUGGGCAAGUCUGGGGUGGGUUUUUUUGGUACCCAGACCCGCCUCCGUGGCAGGUCGGGUUCAGGUCGGGUAACUUAUCACGGGUUGCGGAUCGGGGCAGAUCGACCUAAUGGGUAUAUAAUUUAUAUGAAAAAAUAUUAGAAAUAUUCGUUAUUUUUAUUAUAAGACUAAGAAAACAAACAAUAUUAUGAUAAAUGUAGUUAAAUUAUUGGAGAGAUUAAGAUUUUCACUAAUUUACCACUUUAUUAUUGGUAAAAUAUGAUUUAAUAAAAGGAAAAUCCGAACGGCCUGUUUGGAUACAAUUCAGAAGUAAUGGAAAUGGAAUUCCAUUUUCAUUUUCUAUUUUUAUAGAAUUCCACUUCCAAUUUUUGUGUUUGGUAUAAUUUCUACAACUAUGGAAAUGAAUUGCACUUUUAGCUAUAAUUAAUAAUAUAAUAUAUUUUUUUAUCUUGGAAAAUGGACUAUGAAUGAUAGAGAAAGAGAGUAGAGUGAUAGUUGAUUAAUAAAAUAAUAAUAAAUAAUGAUGAGACCCACUAAUUCCAUCUUCACAAACUCAAUUCCUACUACUUUUGACAGGAAUUGUAAUUCCCAAAACUUAGGCUAAAUGGAAUUCAUUGUUGAACCUUUUUAUCAUUCCAAACAUAAAAUAUUGAAUUGGAAAUAGAAUUCCAAUUCCUGAGCUUUUUUGCCUAUCCAACAGGCUGUAAGUAAUUUGAAUAAAAUUACAUGUAAUUUGGGCAAAAAUGGGUCGAGAAUGGGGCGGGUUAGGGCAGGUCAGGUUGAUGAGAGUACUCAUGCCCCGCCCCAAAACAGGCCAAACAGAUCAGCUAAAAUGGGUCAGGCCGAAAUUUCCAUUCAUACUCUCCAUUCUUAUGAUGCCUUUUGAUGAAUUCCUAGCCAGACCAUGGUCAUUUAACUGCAGUGGGUAGUUAGUCGCCCAGUACAACCUGAGAUUGAGACGGGUCCAAUAAAAAACCCAGGGCCACAAUUCGGUUCGGAGACUCCGAGUCCGAACCCAACCCACUUAAUAAUGUUAUUAUCAUUUCAAUUUUCAUGAAUAUUAUUUAUUGGUCCUCUUAAUGGUCGUUAACCUACUUAGCUGAUUGAAAUAGUUGCUUUAACAUUUCAAUCCUCGUAGAAUAGAUAUCUUUAGGUAUACACACUUUUGCCAAUUUUGCCUAUUAGGCCAUUAAGGGAUUUAAAUUGUUGAAAUAUAUUGUCAGCAGAUAAUUUGUGGUAAUCACUUAUCAAGUAAUCGAGAUAGGGAAUUCGAUAUACGAAGAUGAACUUCAUAUAUAGAGUAAGCGACAUUACUUGAGAGGAGAACGACGAUUAAUUCAUAUAUUUUUAAGAUCAAACUCAAAGGUGGAUCAUCACAAAGGUUGAAUUUAUGGAAUUCUUAAACAACAUCAAAUUUGCCUGGGAGUUUGAUGUUUAGAAAUGUAGUUCUAUAAAGUUGUGCAAUCCAAUCAAAAUGCAAAUCACACAUAAUACUAUAUAUAUAUAGUGGCGUAUUCGGUGCACUCACUUUUAUGAGUGCACUCAGUGUACCCGCCUCAUAAUUGUCAUUAUGAACAUGGGAUUCAUGUCAAAACAGUAUCAAUUGUUGCUUAUGAUAUUAUGAACAAGAAGCACAUGAAUUUGAAAAAAAAUUCAUUCAAAAUUUACUUUAAUUCGAAGGAUUUAGGAUUUAGGGUUAGGGUUUAGGUUUACAAUUUGGGAUUUCGGGUUGGAAUUCAAAAUUGAAGGUUAAGGGGUUAGAGUAAUAGAUUGAUUUGUUAUGAUUCUAUGUCAUAUCAUCAUAUUAGAUUGACGGGUGAAUUACACGAUUGGUCACCCAAAUUACAUAAAUAUUUCACGUUUGUCACCCGAAUUACAAACCUUGCUUAUUGAUCACUCAGUUUACGAAACAUUUCACCAUAACCACUGGACGUCAGCCUCCGUCAAAUUCCGUUAACGGCGUCAGAUUUUUGAUGACGUGGCAAACGGAAACUCUGACUGAGCCCACAGAAAGGCUGAGUCAGCCUGAAUACCCGAGCCAGCAAAGCACCCGACCCGGAAAAUGACGGAGCCCAUUAUUUUUUAUUUUUUUACUUUGCUUUAAUUAAUUGUUUUUACUUUGAAGUAGCUUGUUCCCCUUCCUCUUUCCGCUUGUCGUGCGUUUCUUCUUCCCCCCUUUCUUUUCACUCCAGCAGAGCGUGCAAGGAUGAAAACCCCCCGGUGCAGCAAUCGGAGGAGAACCCACCACCUCAACAUUCUGCCGAGAAUCCGUCUGCCCCAAUCCUCUGAAACCCUGACCAUGAAUGAUGACCCCGACUCACAAGACAGUGAUACAAAUCAAGAAGAUCUAACAAGCUCAGCGCUCAUGAUUUCGUUCUCGCCCACAUCGGCCUCCUCUACCCGUCGAUUAGUCGGCGGCGGCGGCGGCGGUUUGAAGGGGAAAAAGAGCAAGCGACUAAUUGCGUCUAGGUUGAAGAAUAUUCUCAAGCGGCUUGGCCUGUGGGACUUCGUCAAGCUCCGGUUCGACGCCAACAUUCGCUUUGAUCUCGUGGCGCAGUUGAUCGCCAGUUACGAUCCGCAGCAGCGCGAUAGCUACGUUAACGAGGCUCGGGUCAAGGUCAGCCGUCCCGAUUUGGCUCGCGCGCUCAAGUUCCGAUCAAGAAGGACAAGGUUUCGUCGUCGGAGACUUCCGCCGGGGAGGCGAAAGAGAGCGAAGAAGCGAUUGCGUUCGUCGACGAAUUGGUCUCGACUUGGAUGCUGUUGCACGACGACGAUACGUGGUUGAUGCCGUUGGAGAUUCACAAUAUGACUAGAAUGAUUAAAGAUGGCAACUUUGA